CAGUCCGUGGAUUUCCUCUUUCUCCCGCCCAGGCGUGAGAGACUUCUCCCAGCUCACCCUUGACCUGACCAGGAAUGAGCUUAUUGUGGGUGCCAGAAACUUCCUGUUCAGACUGGACCUCAGUAACAUGUCGCUGAUACAGGCGACAGAAUGGGCACCGGACGAGGACACCAAGCGGUCCUGUCAGAGCAAAGGCAAAACAGAGAUUGAAUGUCAAAACUACAUCAGAGUCCUGCUGGUGAACAAGACUGAGGUCAUGUCCUGCGGAACUAAUGCUUUCCAGCCACAAUGUAUUACGCGAGAGGUGGGCAACAUGAGCAGCGUGCUGGAGCGGGUGAACGGUGUGGCGCGCUGCCCAUACGACCCUCGUCACAACUCCACGGCAGUGGUGACAGAGAGCGGAGAGUUGUACGCCGCCACUGUCAUCGACUUCUCUGGACGUGACCCCGUCAUAUACCGCAGCCUGGGCGGUAUGCCACCUCUCCGGACGGCACAGUACAACUCGAAAUGGCUCAACGAGCCCCACUUCAUCUCGGCCUACGACAUCGGCCUCUUCACCUUCUUCUUCCUGAGGGAGAACGCGGUGGAACACGACUGCGGCAAGACCGUCUACUCCCGCGUGGCGCGAGUCUGCAAGAACGACAUCGGCGGGAGAUUUCUCCUGGAGGACACCUGGACCACGUUCAUGAAGGCGAGGCUCAACUGCUCGCGCUCCGGGGAGAUCCCCUUCUACUACAACGAGCUGCAGAGCACCUUCUACCUGCCCGAGCAAGACCUCAUCUACGGCAUCUUCACCACUAAUGUCAACAGUAUUGCAGCGUCUGCGGUAUGUGCCUUCAACCUGAGCGCCAUCACCCAGGCCUUCAACGGGCCUUUCCGCUCCCAGGAGAACCCUCGCUCCACCUGGCUUCCCACGACCAACCCCAUCCACAACUUCCAGUGUGGGACUAUAAAUGACCAGGGUCCCAACGAGGGUUUGACGGAGCGCAGCCUGCAGGACGCCCAGCGGCUCUACCUGAUGAACGACGUGGUCCAGCCGGAGUCUGUCGAUCCGCUGGUCAUGCAGGAUGACGUUCGCUUCUCCAACCUAGUCGUGGACAUUGUUCAGGGCAUGGACACCCUCUACCACGUCAUGUACAUCAGCACAGAAUACGGCACCAUCUUAAAGGCACUGGCGACGCCCAAUAAGAGCCUACAAGGUUGUUACUUGGAGGAGAUGGAGCUUCUCCCAGCGGGGGUGCGAGAACCAAUCCUGAGCCUGCAGAUCCUGCACAGCGACAGGUCGCUCUUCGUUGGGCUCAACAACCGAGUCCUAAAGAUCCCGCUGGAGAGGUGCUCCAGCUACAACACAGAGACGCUGUGCUUGGAGGCGCGGGACCCCUACUGUGGCUGGGACUUCAGGCAGCGCAGAUGCACCACGCUGGAGGACAGCUCCAACAUGAGCCAGUGGAAGCAGAACAUCACCGUUUGUCCGCUGCGAAACCAAACAACCAAUGGCAUCUUCGGACCCUGGGCGCCAUGGCAGCCCUGCAACAAUGAUGACGGUGCGGACGGCGUCAGCUCCUGUCUGUGUCGCUCCAGGUCAUGUGACAGCCCCGCCCCCCGAUGUGGAGGCAAGAACUGCGAGGGCCCCACCAUAGAAGUGACCAACUGCUCGAGGAAUGGAGGCUGGACGCCCUGGUCGUCAUGGGGACAGUGCAGCACAACAUGCGGGACGGGCUUCGAGCUGCGGCAGCGUUCCUGUAACAACCCGUCACCGCGACACGGCGGCCGUGUGUGUGUGGGGCCGAGCAGGGACGAAAGGUUCUGCAACGAAGGGGUGUCCUGUCCUCAACCUAUCUUCUGGUCCCCGUGGGGCUCCUGGACCAAGUGCAGCACUGAGUGCGGGGGAGGCGUCCACUCCAGGGUCCGCACCUGUGAAAAUGGCAACAGCUGCCCGGGAUGUGCACUGGAGUACAAGGCCUGUAACCUGGAGGCGUGUCCGGAGGUCAAGAGGAACACACCUUGGACCCCCUGGAUGCCUGUCAAUGUGACUCAGGGCGGAGCUCGUCAGGAGCAGAGGAUGCGCUACAUGUGCCGGGCCCACCUGUCUGACCCCCACGAGCUGCAGAUCGGACGCAGAAAGGUGGAGACGCGCUUCUGUCCCAACGAUGGAACAGCAGCCUGCGAGACAGAUACGCUCGUCGAGGAGCUGCUGAAGACACCGGUGGUGAGAGUGGCAGGCGCCGGCUGGUCAUCAUGGGAGACCUGGUCGAGCUGCUCGCAGAGUUGUGCCAAAGGAUACCGCACCCGUCGGCGAACCUGUUCCGGACCAGAGGGGAAGAGCGCCCCCGUCGCAUGCCGUGGGUCGCCUGUGGAGUACCAGGACUGUAACGUCCAGGCGUGUCCCGUUAAAGGUGCCUGGUCCUGCUGGUCGUCCUGGUCUCAGUGCUCAGUGGGAUGCGGCGGCGGUCACUACCAACGCACGCGCUCCUGUAACAGCCCUGCGCCCACUAAUGGAGGGGACAUCUGCUUAGGACUACACACUGAGGAGGCCCUGUGCAACACACACACCUGCGACGGUGGCUGGAUGGCCUGGUCGCUGUGGUCCGCCUGUGAUGAUUCAGGCUUGCAGAUGAGGAGUCGGGUGUGUGGCGCUCAGGGCAGCGCCCCCUGUGUCGGGAACAGCACGCAGCGCAGAGACUGCAAUGAAAUACCCGCAUUCACCUCCAUCCACCUAAUCGCCACCGGUGUGUCCUGUUUCCUCGGGGCGGGGCUGCUGUCCUUCCUGAUCUAUGUGUACUGUCAACGUUUCCAUAAGCCUUCGCAGGAGUCUGCCGUCAUUCACCCCACCACGCCGAACCACCUCAACUACAAGGGCAACACCACGCCAAAGAAUGAGAAGUACACACCCAUGGAAUUCAAGACCCUUAACAAGAACAACCUGCUGCCAGAUGAAAGAUCCAACUUCUACCCAACGCCGCUCCAGCAAACCAACGUCUACACAACCACCUACUAUCCCGCAGCACUCGGCAAAUACGACUACCAGCCCAACUCAUCCCCUUCGCCAUGUAGGACCUACAACCAAAACAACAACAGCUGAGACGCGCCUCCCCGGCUCUCCGAACCCCCCCUGCCAACAGACACCACCCCAAUCCACGGUGACAUAACUGAACCGACAUGAACUGAAACGUUUCUCAGCGCUCGGCCAGGUUCCUCUGUUCGUCAUCGCCCCUCGCUUCGCUCCCGUAGUCUCUUCCGCAUGGUAGGGUUUGUGUCUUCAAGGGCGUUUCUGAAACUUUCCAUCAGGAGAUGUGGGUUUGAGCGACGAGGCCCGUGUCCUGGUGCAGUCAGCUGGUGGGGUGUUAUUGUAAGGGCCUGACUGGAUUUAGCAGCGUCGACUCAGAGCUUCAUGUGGGGAUCUAAUGGAAAAUUCUAGCAGGACGAGUUACGGCAUUUAGACGGAUUGCACCUCAGAGCAGGUGCUGAGUUCAAUUCUAAAAUUCCACAGAUGAACAUGAACAGAACAUUAUAAAUAAUUACAUUUCUCUGAAUCACCGUUUUACGCCUCUCUAUUACUAACCACAUUCUCUGCCUGUAAUGAACUUUGAGUCCCUCAACAACAGAAGCAGUUACUGAGAACAAACGGCGCAUAUCGUUAUGUCCUUGCCACACGGCGCAGCGCGAGAAACAACAACAAAAGAGAAGACUCCAUGAAGUCAUUUGGAGAUCAAUAUCAACUGGGUUGUUAGGGACGGAUGCACGUCCUCCGUUGUUGGGAUUUCACGCGACAAAUAAGAACUUCAGAGUCGAUAAAGUUUGUGGACGGCUGUUUUGAGAGUCACGACACUAAACAGCCCGAGUUGGAUUCGCAGGCCUCUAGUGGACAAGGACGUCCACUCGUAAUGUCAGAGCCAGGGGGAUUGUGGGAAGCUGUACAUAAAGCUUUGGGAAUGCCUUGGGUGCCUGUAUGCAAUAGAGGGCAGGGGCGAGAUUUGUUUCCUUUCCAUUUCUUCUGUUUCAUUUUUCCCAAGAAUAAAGACUUCUAAAAGGGAAUUGAUUGAUUCUCCAAUUGAUUCUCCAACGGAUGCUUCGAUUCUACUGAGUGCUUAAUAGCUCGGUGGUCAUAUCAAAUAUGGCCAGUGUGCUGAACAACUGGAUUGGGUUUUCUAUGAUGGUAGAAUAAGCUAGUAGACUGGCACUUGUUUUUGUUUUUUAAAUGUUCGUUUUUAAGAUAUUUGUUUUAUUCUCAAACGAGCUGUAGCAUACGAGGACAUAUUUUGUUAAAUAAGAUAUAGCUGAUUAAUUCUUGUUUCUCUAAUUUCACUUCACUGAAUGAACACAUUCACACUUUCAUUUUUCUCGAUAUGUCACAAGUUUGGUAACCAUGGCGUCUUCAAUACGUGAAAUGUUAACACAACAAUAAAACAAUGAAAAUUACUGACAUGGUUUUUACAAAGAACGACUGCAACAAAACAUUCAUUCGGCGUCCGCUUGAAAAAAAUAAAAUAAAAGAUGCUUGCUGUGUGAAGAUCAAAAUGAGUGCAUGUGUGUGUGUGUAGAUGUGUGUACAUGCAAACACGUGUACUCCAUCUCUGUGUGUCCGUACGCCUGAAUGAGCACAGAGGGAUUGCUGUAUUUUGUACAAUGCUUUCAUACAUACACACACACACACACA